GUGAACAGCCGGAUGAGGUGCUUUGACGAAUUGCUUGGCUCAGGAGGUUCUUCGAUUGGUAGCAUCUAUAUAGGAGCGGUGCUUCUCGCCCCCAGACUGUGGUCAACCUCUUGAAGUCUUGCCCCGGAUUUUGCAUAGUAGGAAUAAAGCUUUGGAACCAGUCUUCUUACAUUGAACUCUUCACUUCAGCAAUCAUGAAGACCGCCACCUUCAUCGCCGCUGCCCUCGCCGGCCUCGCCCUCGCUGCACCAGCCAGCAAGCAGGGCAAGGAGGUCGCUGCCCUCAGAUACGCCAACUCGAGGCCCCUUGACGCUGCUGCCAUCCACGGUCCUGCUUCCAAGCGCGCUGAGGCUGGUGCUACUACUGCCACCCGAGAGAAGAACCUCGUCGACCUCAAGUAUGCCAACAAGAGGCCCAUUCCCGAGGGUCACGCUCCCAAGGCUGCGGCAUCCAAGCGUGAUACUACCUCCACUACUGCUACUCGUCAGAAGGAUCUUGUCGACCUCAAGUACGCCAACAAGCGUCCUAUUCCCGAGGGUCACGCUCCCAAGGCUUCCGCAUAAAAAAAAGCAAAUUUACCUCUAUAAUGUGAGGCUUCCUUCUUGUAUAUAACCUCUUUUUGAUGACACACCACAUAUGAUUCGUCGCCGCCAGUUGUACAUAUUGUUGACGGCGAUGCCGAUACGUUAGAUGUGGAUGUAUAUAUGACUCG